CAUCAUUUGUCCUUGCCCCCAGCAGCUUGGAGCAACUCGCCCUGUCCAUGGGCUCCUGCUCCCCACCCAGGGCUUUGAAACACUCAGACUGGCGGUGUUUUCUUCUGCACAGCUCCUCGCUUGCAGGAAUGUGUUUGGCCAUCCAUCUCUUCCUUUUACCGUCCACAGAUGAACCGUGCUGAUACAGAGGCAACUUCGUAGGAGCUGCUAAGAUGGGCAUGAGGAUCAAACUGCAAAGCACCAACCACCCCAACAACCUGCUGAAGGAACUCAACAAGUGCCGGCUCUCAGAGACCAUGUGCGAUGUCACCAUCGUGGUGGGGAGCCGCUCGUUCCCGGCCCACAAAGCCGUGCUAGCCUGCGCGGCUGGCUACUUCCAGAACCUCUUCCUGAAUACCGGGCUGGAUGCUGCCAGGACCUACGUGGUGGACUUCAUCACCCCCGCCAACUUUGAGAAGAUUCUGAGCUUUGUCUAUACUUCAGAGCUCUUCACAGACCUGAUCAAUGUUGGGGUCAUCUAUGAGGUAGCCGAGCGCCUGGGCAUGGAGGAUCUCCUUCGGGCCUGUCACUCCACCUUUCCUGACUUGGAGACCAGUGCCGUGGCCAAGCCCCUGGCCAGCGGCGGGGAGAGCCACUCGGGUACCCAGAGCUGUAGCUCAGCAGAGCCUGCCUAUCCCCUCGGAGACCUCCGGGGGGGCGGGGAGCACUUUGGUCCCGAGAGGAACUAUGUAUUACCUAGUGAUGCUGGAGGAAGCUGUAAAGAGGAAGAGAGAAAUGUCACCGGUGACACUAAUCAUAGCCUGUCUUCCCUGCCACCAAAGGCGGAAGACCAUGAUGCCCCUGCUCCUUUCACCUCCGUUCCUAGUAUGGUGACUCAGCCGGUCCUCGGCACCGUCAGCAUGGGCAUCCAAACCAGCACGAGCUCCUGCCAGCCGUACAAAGUUCAGAGCAACGGAGACUUCAGUAAAAGCAGCUUCUUCCCCCCUGACCAUGCAAUUGACAUUACCACUGGGACCAACUCCUGUCUGAGCAAUAGCGACCACUCCAAAGAUCCGGGCUUUGGGCAGAUGGAUGAGCUCCAGCUGGACGACCUGGGGGAUGAUGACUUGCAGUUUGAAGACCCCACCGAGGAGAUCGGCACAGCCGAGGAGGUGAUUGAGUUGAGUGAUGACAGCGAGGAUGAGCUGACUUUUGGAGAGAAUGACAACCGAGAGAAUAAGGCCAUGCCCUGCCAGGUGUGCAAGAAAGUUCUAGAGCCCAACAUUCAGCUCAUCCGACAGCAUGCUCGGGACCACGUGGACCUGCUGACGGGCAACUGCAAGGUCUGCGAGACCCACUUCCAGGACCGAAACUCCCGGGUGACCCAUGUUCUGUCCCACAUUGGCAUUUUCCUCUUCUCCUGCGACAUGUGUGAAACUAAGUUCUUUACCCAGUGGCAGCUGACCCUCCACCGACGGGAUGGGAUAUUUGAGAACAACGUCAUUGUCCACCCCAGCGAUCCCCUUUCGGGGAAGCUGGGUCUGUUUUCCGGGGCAGCCUCGCCAGAGUUGAAAUGCGCUGCCUGUGGGAAGGCCCUGGCCAAAGAUUUCCAUGUGGUCCGGGGGCACAUCCUUGACCAUCUGAACCUGAAGGGCCAGGCGUGCAGCGUCUGCGACCAGCGCCACCUCAACCUGUGCAGCCUCAUGUGGCACACGCUGUCCCACCUGGGCAUUUCGGUCUUCUCGUGCUCCGUCUGCGCCAGCAGCUUUGUGGACUGGCACCUCCUGGAGAAGCACAUGGCCGUUCACCAGAGCCUGGAGGACGCGCUCUUCCGCUGCCACGCGUGCAGCCAGGGCUUCAGGUCGGAGGCCGCCUACCGCUACCACGUCAGCCAGCCCCGGUGCGCCCGUGGCCCUGACGGCCGGCCCGCUUCGGGGCCGCGGCACCCCGCCCUCCAGAAGCGGAAGCUGCCCGCGGAGGAGUUCCUGAGCGACGAGCUGGCUCUGCAGGGCCAGCCCGGGAACAGCAAGUACAGCUGCAAGGUCUGCGGCAAAAGGUUUGCCCACACGAGCGAGUUCAACUACCACCGGCGGAUCCACACGGGCGAGAAGCCGUACCAGUGUAAGGUGUGCCACAAGUUCUUCCGAGGCCGCUCGACCAUCAAGUGCCACCUGAAGACACACUCGGGGGCCCUCAUGUACCGCUGCACGGUCUGUGGCCACUACAGCUCCACGCUCAACCUCAUGAGCAAGCACGUGGGUGUGCACAAAGGCAGCCUCCCGCCCGACUUCACCAUCGAGCAGACCUUCAUGUACAUUAUCCAUUCCAAAGAGGCGGAAAAGACCCCGGACAGCUGACUGGGUCCCGGCAGAGCUACGGGGAGCUCCCAGGCGGCAGCCAGGACGUUGCUUUUCUAAUGGCUCUUGGUCCCUCUCCAGCCGAAGUUUCAGUUUGGCCUUGCUAGGAAUUCCGUUCUGUCUUGCGGUUAAAGAAGAGAAAAGAAGAAAGAGUGCACGAGCUGUUACUGUUUUGGAGAAGCAACAGCCCUAUCACGUUUACCUCCUUCCCUGUUCUUGCCCACGAAGGGCUGCGGUUUUGAUCCUUCGGAGGCUGGUCUUGGAAUCUGGUCAGGCAGGCGGUGUCGACUAGAUCCCCUUUCCGAGCCUCUCAAGUUUUAGUUUACGGAUAGGUUUUUAUGCUGCUAAGAAUCCAACCAACAGCCUCACUGAAUAGAGGAGGUGGAGAGAGGUUUUCACCGUGGGUAUUGUUGCCAGCUUGCCAACUGGGACACCCGGCUGUGAGAGAGAUUUGGGGAAUGUGGCCGCUCAGAAAAGACUGGUCCGCAGGGCAGCUCACUGCAGGUGCCAGGCCUGGCCCUCGGCAGGGCAAAGGCAGAUGGGAUGGGGGCGCCUGCCCAUUUCCACGCUCUGAUCUGCCAAUGGGACAGUAGACUCUUCUGGCAGCUAGAUCCAGACUGGGGGCAGAGCUUUCUGUGUAGGUCAGAAAGCUUUGGGAUGGAUCCUUGCCGGUCGGAAGAGGUGUCCGACGCAGUGCCACCAGGAGGGGCGGCCCGGAUGGACAGCAAGGGAGGCCCCUCUUUUCUCCUCGAUUCCAAAGAAAGACGAUUUUAUGGAGUUGUAGCCCAGGUGGCCAGGUCAUUCUCGUCAGGAAAGCAGUGCUGAGACUUUUCAUCCCUGACUGGCUUCCCCCUUUCUUUCCCACAACUGACCGUUGGAAAUUUAAGAAGGAAAAUGUGUGAAAAACCGCAGUCAAGUAUCUGCUAAGCUUUUCAAGGCUGAGUGAUCCCUCCCAGUCUGUUGAUGAGGACUGAUUUUGGAAUGGGCAGAUUUGAGAGAGGCGGUACUUACUAGAAGCCAGCCAAGGUGGCCGAGCAUGGAUCAGUGUGCUGGAGAAACCCUUUUCCUUAACGGAGGCCAUCACGGAUGCUGGGUAGUCUGUAUACUUAACCUGAAACUGUGAAGUUUUCCCUUUUUUGCCAGUAAACCAAAAAGCAAAUCCUUGAACCUUUGCCCCUGAAACACUAAACAAAAAACUGCACCCCCUGAUCCUCCUGAGGCCAAGUGGUUGAUCGGGGUGGCCUGGUUGGUUGCAGUCAGACGUGUAGCAGGGUCAAUAGCUCAUGAGGCUUAUUGACCAAACCCUGUUCCUCUGCUUGUCCCCAUAUUUGCCCCCCCCCCCCGUUUAGAGUCAUGUUUGCUGUCUCUGCCUCCAGCCCCCCCUUUUCCGAACUGUUUUACUUGAAACUCUUGUGUUGUGGCAAAGGGCACUCUGGGAUACCUGGUUGAAGGUAUUCAUUUUAUUUUGAGUUUUUAAAAAUAUUUUUUCAGCCUUCUGUUCUGUUGCCCGCUCUGCCUUGGAGCCCAGGUUAGCAGUCUGCUGAGGUUCUGUCUGACCCCUGAAUGUCUUUUCUCCUCCCUUCCUCCUCUUUCUUGUUCUGUACUCAGGACCAGCUACAUAAUCUGCAGAGCCCUUUGUUUCACAAUGAAGAAUUUCAAGAUGGCGACUGUAGAGCAUUAAACCAAGCACGAGGCUAUUCCCAACCUGUUUCUUAAGGGAAAAAAGUAAUACUUGUAUGGCACAUUGGAAUAAGCAGCCCAGGCUGCUUAUGGCCACAGGAGGGGCUCCGUCUCCCACUUCUCCUGUGACCCGCUGCUGGCCCACUGAUGACACGGUGCCCGCUGGGAAGCUCUGCUGGGUUGUGGUAUUUGGUCCUACGUUUUAAGACCCCAGCGAGUCUCUAUAGUUCAUGGCUCGGUGGAAAGAACGGAGGUGGGGAUUGGGCCCGGGUGACCCCUAAGAACCAGGAAGUGGGUAAAAGUUCUUUUUGACUGUCUUCCCUUCUGAUCCAUCAGCACCCCUUUGUCUCCAGGACAAAUCUUUGGGCCUAAAUACCUUCUCCCCAGUCAAGUUUAGCUACUGAUGAAUUUUCUUUGUCUUCUGGCCUCUUGCUGUGCCCUAUUCCAGAGACUACUCAACUUUGGAAGUGAAUUUAAAUCCCUUUCUAGGUGGACACUGAUUUUGUGGGUGUGGGAGUGGGCUGUGUGGAGAAGUCUGCCCAUCUGGAGGUCCCCACACAUCCUUUGGCCUCCGUCCUGCCCUGAGUGAGUCAGGAAGCACAGUGCACACAGCAUCCAUUUCACUGUGAUCACUCAUUGUCAAACUUAACAUCAGAAUGAAAAUGAAACUUUUGAUUUCGAUGUUUCUUUAACACCCUUCCCCUGUCCAGUCCAACCUCCCCUCCCACCUCCGCUAGCGAAAGUCUCUUAUGAAACCGAGAAGAGUUGUUGACGUCUAACUUCCUUGCAUUAAAUUAAUAAGUACUGACCUCCUAAUAUUUAAGUGUUUACUAUCUAUUGCUGUAAAGUUUUGUAUAUUUUGUAAACUUCUUUUCCCAAAUAGUAGAUGUCUAAAAUCGUUGUACAUCUGAUUCUUUUAUAUUCCAUUGUUCGGCACAAAGUGUGGUUUUUAUUUAGAAUAAAAAAAGGAAAUUUGAAA